CUAUGUAUGGAAACCUCCAUGGCAAAAAUACCAGAGGACAUCCCACAUGAUUUCACAAAAAUCCGAAUUGAGAACUGCCAUCUGACCGAGUUACCUCGAGGAUCUUUCUCUAAUGUUAGUGCCUUAGAGUUCCUUUGGCUGAAUUUCAACGAGAUCACGUUGAUGAACAUCAAAAGCCUGGACGGGCUGGCCAACCUGACUGAGCUCAGGCUGCAAGGGAACAAGCUGACUUCAGUAACAUGGACGGCCUUUCAGGAGACCCCGAAGCUCAAAAUUUUGGACCUGAAGCACAAUCGACUGGACGUCCUCCCCGAACACGCUCUGAGGCACUUACUCAAACUGACCUACUUGGAUUUAUCCUUCAAUCAGCUUAGUGUCAUAUCAAAAGAUGUCUUCAUUAGUUGGCCGCUUUACCAAACGGCAGAGAAAGCGUGGGGUAAAGAAGGGCUGGUCUCCAAUGUGGUCCUGGCACUGCAUGACAACCCCUGGUUAUGCGAUUGCCGCCUCAAAGGCUUUGUGGAAUUCAUCAGAGCGGUCAGCCCUCCCAUCAUUCUCAUGAACUCCUAUUUGAUGUGCUCGGGCCCCGCUUCCAAAGCCGGCAAAUUCUUCCACGAGGUCCAGUUAAAAACGUGCAUGAAGCCUGUGGCCUCCGCCCCGGAGACAAACAUCACUUUACCUGUUGGGGCAAAUGCAACACUCACAUGCUUAGUAAAGGCCAGGCCAGGCCCAACCAUUGAGUGGAUGUACACUCUGAAAAUUAUAAGAGGAUCUGCUGCUACAGAGACCCACCUGGACGAGGAGACCGUCACCUCCCAGCUGGUGAUCCCCUCUCUUCACCCUGCAGACCGAGGACUCUAUACCUGCACGGCCAAUAACUUCAUUGGCAACACCUCGGUCAGCAUCACAGUCAACAUCCACACUUCCAAUUCCUCCGCUGCUCUCCCUCCACCUGUCCCCAUGUUGUCUUCAAAUGAGAACGUCGACAUUGACAUACGCAUCGCCAAGCAGACAGUUUACGGAAUCACCCUGGAGUGGUACGCGACCACGGUGGACCCGGCGGGAACUUGGUUCACCAUCCACUUUGGCAAAUAUGAUUCCCACAAAAAGGAGACGAUUUACAUUGGUCCCGGGAUCAACAGCUACACUGUGAGCGACCUGCUCCCGGCCACCAAAUACGAGGUGUGCGUGACCCUGAAGAGCCGUCCGCCGAGGGAGGGCCAGUGCAUCGUGUUCGUGACAGGAAGUGACAUCAGCGAGCUGGAGCAAAGGGCGAAGCUCAUCCACAUCGUGGUUAUCGUGUGCGCCAUGGUGCUGGCGGUGCCGGCCGGCAUGUACGCCUGCACCACGGAGGCUCGAUUCAGCUGCGUGGAGCGCUGCGUUAAACUGUGGAAGAGGCGCAGGCUGCACGGAGAGAACCUGCCGCGAACGGAGAGGCAAGGCACCUUCGACAGCCUGCAGGCGGCCAGCGACGAGGGCCUGUGCGAGGACUCGGAGAGAAGGCCGAAAAAGUAGCGUAUGUCUGAGGAUAAGGGCAAAGGCGGAGGUGCAGCUCAGUUACAGUAACAUUAGUGUCGAGAAAUGUACAUACAUUUGUAAAUAAUGUCAGCGUGCAUAGCUUGUAUUUUCUAUUACAUCGGAGUCUUUGGAAGAAUAAUAAUAUUUUCCAAAUAAUAAAUACCAGGGAUCUUCAAAAAUCAAAGAUUGAUUGACAAUGAGUGUGAGUUUUUCCUCUACAGGAACACAGAAAUGACAAACCUCCUUGCUACUUUUCUACAAAUGAUUGUUUGGAAAAACAAAAAAGUGGAAAUUGGUUCAACAUUGUUUAAUUUGGCAGCAUACAGAAUAUCUUAUUGUCUCAUGAUAAAAAUACAUUUUGAGGAGUCUUGAAAUACCUUCAGAACAAUGUAAAGUUUUAUUGAAUGUUGAUUUUUCUGUGACUCAAUGCAAUACCAAUACACAAAUGACUGCGAUAAUAUGAUAAUGCUAAUAGAUAGAUGGUCUUCAUGUAAAUAUACAUCCCAAGCUAUCAGCUCAAAGUUGAGAUGCCUUCCUGCCUUAUUAUAAGGACAGUUUCUAUUAUCUGUGUCAAUAUAUAUGUA